AUGGCGAUUGGAAACACUGAAAGUGAAGGUUCUCAAUCAAAUUCUGAAGGUAACAACAAUAAUUUUGAUCCUUAUUUCAUAGAAAAUUCAGACAAUCCUACUUCUAGUUUAGUUGCUGUUCCUUUUACUGGUGCGAAUUUUGUUCGACGGAGUAGGAAUGUUAAAAGAGCUCUAAUAGCUAAGAAUAAGGAAGGUUUCAUUAAUGGUGAAUUGCUUAAACCUACUGUUAAUCAUAAGGAUUACUUGAAGUGGAAACGAGCUGAUUUUAUGGUAGUAAGCUGGAUUUUCAGCUCUAUGAAUCAUGAUUUAGCUGAUGAUUUUGGCUAUAUUGAUAAUGCUGCUGACCUAUGGCUUGAAUUGGCUGAAAGAUUUGGACAGUCUAAUGGUCCAUUGAUUUAUCAAUUAAAGAAGGAAAUAGAGAAUUUGACUCAAGAAAAUAUGACUAUAGUGUCAUAUUACAGUAAACUGAAGAAGUUGUGGGAUGAGAUGCAGACUCUAAGAGCCUUUCCUACUUGUACUUGUGGUGUUAUGUUGACAUGUAGUUGUCAAUUUUUAAAGAAAGUGGCUGUUCGAAGAAGAGGACAAAAUGAUGAAGUUCUUGCUUGGUUUGAAUGGAGGUUUUGA